AUGCCCGAGAAAUCUCUCCAGGUAGCGACUUACGCCGCCGGCGCGUCGCUCGCCGCCAUAACGCUCAUCUACGUGUUCGCCCCGACGUACCUCCUCGACAGCGAGAACGCGGCGCGGUCCGGCAGCUCGCGCAAGCGCGGCGUCGUCGGACUGUCGAACCCGGCCAACGACUGCUUCAUCAACAGCAUCCUCCAGGCGCUCGCGGGACUGGGUGACCUGCGCGUGUACCUGAUCCGGGAGACGCAUCGCCGGUCUCUGGACGAAGACAAAGACGCCGCAAACAGCGAGACGACGCCGAACCGCCAUGAUGCAACAUCCUCCUCCCCGGCGAGAUCAGUAUACAGAGUCGCGGUGCCGCACGGCGGGCUGCCCGAGUGGAAGAUACUAGGUCUGCAGGGCGGCGUGGUCACGGCUGGCUUGAAGAGGAUACUGGAUCAGCUCAACGAGCGGCCAAUCGCGAAGAAGACGGCGUCGGCGAUGCCGUUCGUCAGAGAUCUCGAGGGCGCUUUCAGGCAGCGCAUCAGCCGCCAGCAGCAGGAUGCCCAGGAGUUCUUGCAGGUUGUGGCGGAGCGUUUGUGCGAUGAGUACCACGCCGGGCAGAGGGCAAGGCGCGCUGCUAGACGGAGGGCGGGCGGACUCGAGGGGGAUGCGCGGGGGAUCGACCGGAGGAUAGAAAACUCCGCUGCUGCGCCAACGACAGCAGAAGCAGGGUCCGGUGGUGCGGAUUCCAGCGCAAUGCAAACGACCACCAGGGGCGCGCAAGCGGAGGAAGAUGACGAGGAUGAAGAAGGCUUCCCGAUGGAGGGCAAGUUCGAGUCGCAAAUUGAAUGCCUUACGUGCGGGUUCAAGCCGCGACCCAAGGAGGACACAUUCUGCACGCUGACGCUCAACGUGCCGCAGGUGUCGUCGACGACGCUCAACGCCUGCUUCGACGGCAUGUUCAAAACGGAAUACAUUGACGACUUCAAGUGCGAAAAGUGCCGCCUAGUUCACGCCAAGGGCGUCUACGAGGUGGAGCUCUCCCGGCUACCGGCGCAGGACACGGCGCAGGCGGCGGCCAAGCGUCAGGCCAUCGAGCAGCUCCAGCACGCCAUUGAGACGGACCCGGAGCGCGCCCCCGAGGGCGUCCCGCUGCCUGACGCGCGCUACGCCCCGAAGCGGCGCAUAGCGCGCCACAUCCGCAUGACGUCGUUCCCCAAGAUCCUGGCCGUGCACCUGUCGCGCUCCAUCUACGAGAGGAGCCAGUCGCAAAAGAACUCGGCCAAGGUGGCGUUCCCGGAGCGCCUCCCGCUGGGCGGUCUGCUGCACCGCCGCAAAUACAAGCUCCUGGGCGUCGUGGCUCACAAGGGCUCCCACCACUCGGGUCACUACGAGAGCUUCCGCCGUCAGAACCUCUACGCCCCCUUCAGCACGCCCAACGCCUUCGCCGGCGUCGGAGUGUACGGCAAGGGCGCUGGCGCUGGUGCGGGCAGCGUCGCCGCCACCCCGGCCAGCAGGACGCCGCGCCUCGGCCCGCUGCAGAAGGGCGAUGGGGCAAGCAGCAGUAGUCCUGCGGUCAGCUCACCGGACCUGUCGCUCGGCGGCGGCACCGGGGUGGGGACGCCGGCCACGACUCCGAGCAAUUCUUCGGCUGAUGAUGCUGGCGGCGGUGGCAGCCCGACCACGCCGGCGCGGCCGUCCUCGAGCGCCAGCAGGCUCGCGUCGCUAUCCCUAUCCCCGCGAAAGGAUAAGGAAAAGGAUAAGGACAAGGACAAGGACACGGAUUCCUCCAGUCUCAGGUCCGUCGCGCGCUCAACGCUCUCCCGGAUGGCAGGCAGCAGCAGCCGGAGCGGAAGCAAGCGCCGAGGUACCGUCGGGGAGGACCACCAGCAGCAGCAGCAGCAACCCAGCGGUGGAACCAACAAGUCUGCGGCGGCGGCCAGCUUCUCGUCUCCCCUGGCCAAGACCAGCAGCAGGAGGAAAAAGGCCAAGAACCAGGACAACAUGUGGUGGCGACUCAGUGACGAAAAAGUCAAGGAGGCCACGACAAAGGACGUCUUGGGCAUGCAGCGCGAGGUUUACCUACUUUUUUACGAAAUGGAGAAGGAAGACGAGUGA